AUGCUACGGAAGAGCAGCAGUAGCAGUGGAGGAGGUGGAGGAGGGAGCAGCAGCGGAGGAGCCAGAGGCCUGCCGCGACACGUUUCAAACCCCCACACCGGGUCUCUGUCGGCCGGAUCCAACAAAACCUGGGACGUACGCAGACACAGAUCCCAGAACCCCUUCACCUCCAUGGGGCUGACAGCAAAUCUGGCCGGGGCCCCAGGAGUAGACCCGGAGUAUGUGAUGCAACUGGUGAACGAUGUGAGGUGGUUCGCAGACGUGUUGCUGGGUCUCAAGCAGGCGUUUCAGCGUAAAGAUCUCCUUGACGACCUCCAGAGCGUGGUUCAGGAGCGGCUGUCUGAGCUGCUCCGUGUCUUGAAAGCUGUGAUCGGGAAACACCCGACACUCAACUCUGUGGACAUCCUGGGGGCGGCCGGCACAGUCAUCGCCAAAGUCAAAGGCAUCAACUUUAAGGAAGUGACCCAAGAAAACCGAAAAGCUGUGUUCUCUGAGAUACAUGCAUCUAUUGACACGUUGGCAUUCACUUUCGGCAAUGUAGUUUCUGACUUCCUUAUGGGAGAUGUGGACAGCGGCUCAGGGUUGGGGACCCCCCAGGCCAGGAGAACCAGGUCUUUUGACAAUCUGGCUGCCGAUCCCGAGGGCGACGAGAGUGAGAAAGGCGAGCUCCCAGGUCCAGACGUGUCCCUGUCCAGAGAAGAGGAGGUGGACCUGAGGUUACAAAAGAAUGACAGUGGGGUGGAGUCAGCUUUACUCUACGCCAAGACCUGGUCCAAGUACAUCAAAGACCUGCUGGCCUGGAUGGACAAGCGUCUGGCCAUGGAUAUUGAAUAUGCAAAAAACUAUGCAAAAAUGGCCGAAUCUGCUAAGACACUGGCCAGUCAGCAGGACUACAUGCCGUUUAGUGACAUCUACACGUCGACAUUCAAGAAUGACAUUGAAUACAACCAGCUGCUAAUUCAAACAGCCAUGGCACUCCAGUCCAAUAAAUUCAUACAGCCUCUUCAAGCGCGGAAGAAUGAACUGGACAAGUUGAGGAAAGACAUCAAGGAGCAGUGGCAGAGGGAGCAGAAAAAAAUGCAAGAAGCAGAUGUGAGUUUGCGUAAGGCCAGAGCGCUGAAGACCCAGAGGAAGGAGGAGUAUCAGAAAGCCCACACAUCCACCAACCGUUCACAAGAGGAGAUUGCCAACCCAGGGAACAAGCAGCUGGAGAAGAAGAGGAGACUGCAGGAGGAGGCCUUGCAGAAGGCUGAAGAGGCGCAGGACCAGUACCAGAGCUGUUUGACAGAAUCCGGAGUCAGAAAGAUGGACCUGUCCAACGCCAAAAGCACCAUCCUCACCCAGAUCCGAGAGAUGGUCUUCCAGUGUGACCUCACCCUUAAAGCCGUGACGGUGAACUGGUUCCAGAUGCAGCAGGCUCUAAACGCCUCUUUGCCCACUCACCACCAGGCUCUGAGCGACACUGCAAAACUGUACGAGCCCGGAGAGUGCUACGCAGAGUUUGUACGAAACCUGCCACGAAAUUUACCAAAGGAACGUCUGCAUUCUGAUUCCAUCUCUUCAGACAGCACCAGGUUUAUUUUCAAUAAGCGCUCGGUCGGCAGCACUCACUCGUCCCAUGGAAACUUGUCCCAGGCUUCAAUCACCUCCUGCGACGUCCCGAGCGGAGACGACGUGGACCUGCACCGAACAGCUGCAAGGAGCCAGGUCCCGCAUCGAGCCUGGUUUUCGGGGUCCCAGGGCAGUCACGGCGGCAUGUGCAGUGACUCCGAGAGCGCAGGGGGCAGCAGUGAGUCCCGGUCUAUGGAUUCUCCCACAGCCAGUCCAGGGGAUUUUAAACGGCGCCUUCCCAGGACUCCAUCCACGGGGACCAUGUCUUCAGCCGACGAUCUGGACGAACGUGAGCCACCGUCUCCCUCUGACAAUGGUCUAGCAGAGAUGGUGACCGAGACGGCCAGUUCUCCAGGCCCCUUCAGAAAUGCCCAGAUGUCCAAAGCCGCUCAAACACAUAAGUUAAGAAAACUGCGAGCUCCUUCCAAAUGCAGGGAGUGUGACAGCCUGGUGGUCUUCCAUGGGGCAGAGUGUGAAGAGUGCUCGUUGGCUUGCCAUAAAAAAUGCCUGGAGACGCUGGCCAUUCAGUGCGGACACAAGAAGCUGCAGGGCCGACUUCAGCUUUUUGGUAUUGACUUCACCCAAGCCUCCAGAAACUGUCCAGACGGAAUCCCAUUUAUUAUCAAGAAGUGCACCUCGGAGAUCGAGUGUCGAGCUCUCAACAUCAAGGGAAUCUAUCGGGUGAAUGGGGCCAAGUCUCGUGUGGAAAAGCUUUGUCAGGCUUUUGAAAAUGGCAAAGAUUUGGUGGAACUUUCUGAACUCUCGCCACAUGAUAUCAGCAACGUCCUCAAACUCUAUCUUCGACAGUUACCAGAGCCGAUGAUUUUGUACCGAUACUACAACGACUUCAUUGGCCUGGCCAAAGAGUGUCAGCGUGUGAUCGUGGAAGAGGCGGACCUUCGGCAGAGCAACCAAACCGCAGCCAAAGAAACACCGAGUGUGGAACUGAACCGUGUCAUGUUCAAGAUACGAGACCUCCUCCGACAACUGCCUUCAGCCAACUACAAGAGCCUGAGGUUCCUGAUAGCACACCUUCACAAAGUGACGGAGCAGGCAGAGGAAAACAAGAUGACUGCAAGUAACCUGGGCAUCAUCUUUGGCCCGACUCUGGUCAAACCACGCCAGGCCGAUGCAGAGGUGUCUCUCUCCUCUCUGGUGGAUUACCCGUACCAGGCCCUGAUGGUGGAGCUCCUCGUCAGGCACUUUCACGUAGUUUUCGAACCAGUAACUCUGCCCGGUUAUGAGCUGAGCAGCGUGGGCCAGGCCUCUCCCAAACUCACCCCUCAGGAGAAGAUCCAGAGGCUGAGUCGGCACUCUGCCUCGCUCAUGGACAUCAAAGAGACGGCCAAAGUCUUCAAGCGAUACUCGUCUGUGAUCCCCUCGUCUCACAUCCUGAACGAAGUGGACGAGGUGCAGCCUGGAACGGACCAAACCGACGGCUCAAAACCGGACAAAACCAACGGGGUCACAACCUCUCCAGCGCCAUCGGACCUACAAACAUCCUCUUUAGUCUUUGGACGAUCCAUCGCUAACUCCUCCAAUGCCAUUCCCUCCACCACCCUCGCCCAGAAAGUCCAGCUACGCGCCCAACGAACUCGCCAAUUCUCUCGUCCGAUCAGCAUGCCUCUCGAGCGCCUUCCCAAUCCAGCUCAAAUCAGUGAACGCAACAAUCGCAACAUUGCUAACGUUGAUGGAACCUCCUUUGACCGGGAUUGUGUUUCGGAAACUAUCCAAGAGAUCCCAGAACCUGAAAAAGUGUGCCAAAGCGGUUCCUCUAGAAGCGCCAAGGACUCUCCAACCUCCACCGGGGACGUUCUACAAACCCCCCUCGGCGAUAAGCAGCCGUGCAAGGACAAUACCAACUUGGACUACUACAGUUACGUCAACUACAACUUCUACAAUCGCCGGGACGUCGCCAACGCAAGCUAUCCAAGACAAGCCAGCAAGUUCGCCAACAGAGAUGAGCUGUUCCCAUUUGAGAAUCCAAACACAGGAUUCCACGGACAGUGCCAUAGAUGCCCCGGGUAG